AUGGCAGGUGUUGUCGCGGUCGCUGGAACGGCAGGACGGGAUGCAAAUGAUAGCGGCCACUCCGUUGCACUGGAAUGUCCAUCCUACGCGCUCGGCCAUUUCGGUGCGGGUGUAAAACAUCGAAUUGAUAAGCAUGAUGCCGGGAGUGAUACAACCUUCGCUGAAUCCCAAGAGAAAUCGGAUGGGAACUGCAUAGAGAAACCGUCAGAAGUGGAGUUCAGGAACAAUGCAAUGAUUGAACGCACUAAGUGCUUUGUAGCUCUUGCAAGCGGCGGUGGCACCAACAAGUACGGCCCAGAUAAACAUAUUGAAUGCGAGAUAUUUCGCAACAGGAAGCCUCUGGAAAGCGUAGGAGUGUGGGAUCUGAGACAAAAGAUACGAGACAUAGAAGAAUGUUCCAAGGUUGUUGAGUUGUUCAGGAGUGAGGUGAGCAUCUUGCAAGAAGCCGAGAAUUGA